CUGUCCAAAUUCCAAAGCUUAAAAUUUUCAAACAAGACCCUGAAAUCUCCAGAUUCUCCACUCUCCUCCGACCAGUGAAAAUUUUCUGCUCUGUGCGAGGGAGAGGACGCGCAACUGGUGAGAUGACGAUGAUGACAAGCUUCAUCAGCAUGUCAUCCUUAACCUUCCAUACCCCAUUCCAUGGAACCCCUCUUCUCUCUCAUCCACCUUCUCUAUGCGCUACUCCAUUUCGUCCCUUGCUUAAGACGAGACGUGGGGUGCGCGAAUUUAAGCUGCUUAGAGUGAAUUGUUUAUCGGAUCAGAGUGAAGAUGCCGCCGAGUCCAAACUCGAAACGCCGUCGCUAUCUUCUUCUAUGAUUAGAGAUGAUUACACGGAAAAUUCAGCAUUCAAGUGGUGCGCAGCUCUUGGAGGCCUUGGAUUUUUGGAGACUUCCUACUUGACCUACCUCAAGUUCACAAAUUCUGAAGCCUUCUGCCCUGUCGGAGGCACUACUUGCACAACCAUUCUCAAUAGCGAUUUCUCCGUCGUUUUUGGUGUUCCUCUUCCAUUGGUAGGUAUGCUGGCAUAUGGAUUGGUUGCAAUCCUUGGCCUACAAUUGGGUGCGAACGGCAAGCUUUUAAACAUUGAAAGAAGCGAUGCUCAGAUGGUUUUAAGUGGGACAACUACCGCCAUGGGCGUUGCUAGUGCAUAUUUUUUGUAUAUUCUGAGCACGAGAUUUGCAGGAGAGUCUUGUUUAUAUUGCUUGUCAUCAAUAGCAUUAUCUUUCAGCUUGUUCUUCAUCACCAUAAAGAGUUUGGGGUCUCAGAAGAUUCAAAAAACAGUGGGUUUACAGCUCUGCAUCGCUAGUUUGGUGGUUUUUGCUUUAAGCAGAUCAUACAAUGCCGCCGAACCUGCAUCCACACGGUCUUUGAUGCUUGGAUUCUUGUUUCCGACCGGCAUACCCAUGUCGACACAACACGACACAGAUACGGGUAUGAGACAUGGGGCGGACACAGCAAUUUUGAAUUGGUCAUUGCAAUCUCGAAAGGUUGACCGUGGCAGUGCCACCGCAGAGAAAGAUGGGAAGCACUGCCUGUCGGCGAGGAAGAAGAAUUGUUCACCAUCGAUUUCAAUCGGUGGCAGAGGAAGAACUGUUUAUGUUGUGAUUUCCAUCGAUUUUAAGUUGGCGAGGAAGAUGAACAGUAUCGAAGGAGAAAUGAAGGGGCAUGGUCUACUUGGCCUACCGACAUAUUCAACUGACGAUGUUUUGGACGGUUUCUGUCUAGAUGAGCCCCAGGUGCAUAUUUAUAAAUGGCCUUAUUGCAUAUUGAUAACAGUUAGAUUUAGAAACUUAACAGAUUGUUUUGAAUUCUACCUAUUCCUGGCUUUCUGGUGUUCGCAUUGUUUUGAACAGAAAGAGAUGUUUGGACAUGAAGCAGCAAAAUUAUUGGACUAUGUUGAGUGCUUCCCUGAUGGAGUAAGAGAAGGAACUAAAAUUGCCGAGGCUUGUACAGAAGUUAAAAUUGAAGGAUUCCCAACAUGGGUGAUAAAUGGUCAGGUUUUGAGUGGAGAGAAGGGCUUCUCUGAACUCGCUCAAUUAUCUGGAAUCAAUCUCGAAGAUUUAAGUCAAUCGAAGUAAGAUGGCGUUUUUCACACUUGUAUACAGGCAUACAGCUUUGUUCCGUGUUUUAAAGCUGAUGAUCAUAUUCAUAAGAGAUUUUGGCAGUUGUAAUAUUCUCAAUUGACCUCGUAGGAAGGUUUUGGGGGGUUUUCAUUGUACUUGUCUUUCAUUUAAAAUGGGAAUCCCGUCGAGCUCGGUCGGCGGAAUGAAAUCGAUGCUUGGUUGAUUAGGAUACAACUAAAUCUAAACUUGUUUUGAAUAGAGUGAGACCAUAUGUUUAAAUGAAUUGGAAUAUAUCUAGUCUCUUUAUGUCUCGUUUAAUAUGUU